AUGGAACCAUUUGUAGGAGGAGGGGCUGCCUUUUUAAAUAUUCAGCCUAACAAAGUAAUCAUUAAUGACGUUAAUCAAGAACUUAUUAUUGCUUACCAAGUAAUUAAAGAAAAUCCGUCUGGGCUAAUCAAGUUAUUAACCGAAUAUGAAAAAAAACAUGGUCCCGAAUUUUACCAGCAAUUAAAAAGUCAAUCCGUUAAAAAUUUAGUUAAUUUGGAAAUUGCGGCUCGCUUCAUCUACUUAAACAAAACCGGCUACAAUGGCUUAUACCGCGUAAAUAGUCAAGGAGAAUUUAAUGUUCCAUGGGGGCAAAAAGCAAAAGUGAAAUUAUUUGACAAAGAAAAUAUUUUAGUGAUUAGUGAGUUUUUAAAAAAAAAUGAUUGCCAAAUACUCAAUCAAGAUUAUCAGAAACUUUUGCCACUAAUUAAAGAAGGAGAUUUCUUGUUUGUCGAUCCGCCUUAUGAUAGUGAAAAGACUAUUUUAAUAAAUGGUCUCUUGGUGAAACAAAAUGGUAAUGGCUUUAAUUCUUAUACGGCCGAUAAAUUUACUCGGGAAAAUCAAAAAGAGAACUUUAUCAAGAUUACUGACAAUUUACCCAAAAAGCCCAACGCUUUAUUAAUUGUCAAGGAGAUAAAAGAACGGGAACUGCUCGAAAAUGUUGAGUAUUGGGAGGACUUAACGCUGGAAAAAGUGAAAAAACUGAUUUUUGAUUCUGGUUUAGGAGAAUAUUUAACUAACGGACAGAUUAAAGAUUUAAAAGUUUAUUGUUUAGGUAUUGAAGUAGGUUUAGGAACACAUGGACGAAAAAAUAUUGGUGGCAAA